UCUUCUGCCCUGCUGUCGAUCGCACUUUGGAUUUCGAAACUUUAGAAAAGAAAAACGUAAAAUAUAAAGGAUUAAAAAAAACAUUUCGGGCAAUCGAAAAAGUUGCGACGUUACGCAUUCAAACGUCAAACAAGCAACAUUUGAAUAAGGACAUUUAUCACAUUUUUGGCUUGUGGCAGGAGGCUGAUUUCGACAGGGACGUCUGACCUACUACUCUUAUAGGGUGUUCUAGAAUGAGGACGCCCCUUUUGCUGUUAUGCCUAAGUGCACUUUUGUCUUAUGCAACAGCGCAAGUAUAUGCAGAAUGUAAGACUUCUCAAGAAGGAUGGGAGUAUUUAGGGGAACAAUCCCAAACGGCUAUGGGUCGCCAAUGUCAGAGUUGGAACUCCCAACAUCCGCACCAACACAACCAUAACGACCCAAGUCGGUUCCCUGACGCCACAUUGGAAAAAGCAGGCAAUAAAUGCCGUAAUCCGGACAGAAAUAUUGGCGGCCCUUGGUGCUUCACCACGUCAGCAGUGCGCUGGGAAUACUGUAACAUAUCCUUCUGUGAGGUAUGUAAUACUACAGCAGCAUGGCAAUGUGUCAACGACUUUGGUGACCACGUGUCACAGGCUAUGGUCAGUCCUUGUACCAGUCUACCUCAAUUCUGCAGAAGCAUUCCUGAAACUAUUAACUGCGUUUCCGAAGCGUUAUUCGGUUGUUCAACUCUACAGCGAACUACAAUAAAAAAUACUUUAGAAUAUGUACUGAAGGCUAUAGGUGACAGAUGUCCAAAUGAUACUGAUGUUACACCACCCCCAACGUGUGUGCCUCCUACAACUCCCGCACCCACUACAAUAGCAACAACUCCUCCCCCAACAUGUAAGGUAGAAAUAGCAAGUGGGUGCAUGGUGAACGUCAGCGAGAAGAUUAUAGGAGAAAUUAUCAACCCAGGACAGAACAAUAUAUGCAGUGAAUACUCGGCCUCAGUCAAAUGUGUCCUUGACUCUGUGGCAACAUGCCAUCCAAACUGGGGUAUCAGGUUUAAUAUGACCUUGGAGGCAACUUGGGAUCAAAUCAAAGGCAGAUGUGAAGGACCUACCCCUACAACACCUGCACCCUGUCCAACUGAACCACCAACUUGCAAUGCAACAGCUUCAUUAAGAUGUGUAGCAGAAUUUAACAGACGAAUACUAAACGUGGUGGGUGGCCCUGAUGAAAAUCUGAGGGCCGUAUGCGAUGAGAGAACAACAGCAUUGAGAUGUGUAAAAGAGGCAUAUGUCGGAUGCGGCCCCUGCUAUGUUGGACGUAUAAACGCCAGUCUUGACUUUGUCUUCAAAACGGUACAAAAUUGCUGCGCAGUCGUUGAACCAACCACAACUAAAGCUCCAACAACUACUCCACAGCCUACACCCCCAACAACAACAAGCCCAGACUGUAAAAUAUCAGAAGCCAGUCGCUGUUUAGUUGAUAUCAGUCAGAGAAUAAUUGCUGAGAUAAUCUUACCUGGAAACCAGAGUGCCAUUUGUAGUGAAGUUUCUACAACGAUCAGAUGUGUCCAUGAAUCUGUUGCCUCAUGUCAUCCUAACUGGUGGGCCAGAUUCAACAUGACAUUAGAGGCGACAAUUUCACAAAUCAAGGGGACGUGUGAAUCACCAACUCCAGCACCAACUGCUCCUCCAUGUCCCACAGAACCACCAAGUUGUGGAGUAGAUGCAAGUGUCAGAUGUGUAGUGGAAUUCAAUGAGAGAAUACUGAAUGUUGUUGGAGGUCCUGAUGGAGAUCUUGAUGCAGUUUGCAGAGAGCGAGAAACAGCUAUGAGAUGUGCACUGGAUGCCUCUGCAGGUUGCUCUCCUUGUUUCUCUGGCCGGGUUAAUGCCAGUUUAGACUUCGUGUUCAGACAAGUCCAGAAUUGUUGUGCAGUAGUUGAACAAACCACAACAAAGGCUCCUACAACAACAAGAGCCCCAUCAACAAAACAACCAACACCACCUUCAACAACUAGAGAUAUUCCAUCGACUACCAGAAAACCGACAACCCAAUUAACAACACCAUCUACACCCCCGACAACAACGAGCCCAGACUGUAAAAUAUCAGAAGCCAGUCGCUGUUUAGUUGAUAUCAGUCAGAGAAUAAUUGCUGAGAUAAUCUUACCUGGAAACCAGAGUGCCAUUUGUAGUGAGGUUUCUACAACGAUCAGAUGUGUCCAUGAAUCUGUUGCAUCUUGUCAUCCUAACUGGUGGGCCAGAUUCAACAUGACAUUAGAGGCGACAAUUUCACAAAUCAAGGGGACGUGUGAAUCACCAACUCCAGCACCAACUGCUCCUCCAUGUCCCACAGAACCACCAAGUUGUGGAGUUGAUGCAAGUGUCAGAUGUGUAGUGGAAUUCAAUGAGAGAAUAUUGAAUGUUGUUGGAGGUCCUGAUGGAGAUCUUGAUGCAGUUUGCAGAGAGAGAGAAACUGCUAUGAGAUGUGCCCUGGAUGCCUCUGCCGGUUGCUCUCCUUGUUUCUCCGGCCGGGUUAAUGCCAGUUUAGACUUUGUGUUCCGACAAGUCCAGAAUUGUUGUGCAGUAGUUGAACAAACCACAACAAAGGCUCCUACAACAACAAGAGCCCCAUCAACAAAACAACCAACACCACCUUCAACAACUAGAGAUAUUCCAUCGACUACCAGAAAACCGACAACCCUAAUAACAAUACCAUCUACACCCCCGACAACAACGAGCCCAGACUGUAAAAUAUCAGAAGCCAGUCGCUGUUUAGUUGAUAUCAGUCAGAGAAUAAUUGCUGAGAUAAUCUUACCUGGAAACCAGAGUGCCAUUUGUAGUGAGGUUUCUACAACGAUCAGAUGUGUCCAUGAAUCUGUUGCCUCAUGUCAUCCUAACUGGUGGGCCAGAUUCAACAUGACAUUAGAGGCGACCAUUUCACAAAUCAAAGGGACGUGUGAAUCACCAACUCCAGCACCAACUGCUCCUCCAUGUCCCACAGAACCACCAAGUUGUGGAGUUGAUGCAAGUGUCAGAUGUGUAGUGGAAUUCAAUGAGAGAAUACUGAAUGUUGUUGGAGGUCCUGAUGGAGAUCUUGAUGCAGUUUGCAGAGAGCGAGAAACAGCUAUGAGAUGUGCACUGGAUGCCUCUGGCGGUUGCUCUCCUUGUUUCUCUGGCCGGGUUAAUGCCAGUUUAGACUUCGUGUUCAGACAAGUUCAGAACUGUUGUGCAGUAGUUGAACAGACCACAACAAAAGCUCCUACAACAACAAGAGCCCCAUCAACAAAACAACCAACACCACCUUCAACAACUAGAGAUAUUCCAUCAACUACCAGAAAACCAUCAACCAUAACAACAACACCAUCUACACCCGCUACAACAACGAGCCCAGACUGUAAAAUAUCAGAAGCCAGUCGCUGUUUAGUUGAUAUCAGUCAGAGAAUAAUUGCUGAGAUAAUAUUGCCUGGAAACCAGAGUGCCAUUUGUAGUGAGGUUUCUACAACGAUCAGAUGUGUCCAUGAAUCUGUUGCAUCUUGUCAUCCUAACUGGUGGGCCAGAUUCAACAUGACAUUAGAGGCGACAAUUUCACAAAUCAAAGGGACGUGUGAAUCACCAACCCCAGCCCCAACUGUACCCCCAUGCCCCACAGAACCACCAAGUUGUGGAGUGGAUGCAAGUGUCAGAUGUGUAGUGGAAUUCAAUGAGAGAAUACUGAAUGUUGUUGGAGGUCCUGAUGGAGAUCUUGAUGCAGUUUGCAGAGAGAGAGAAACAGCUAUGAGAUGUGCCCUGGAUGCCUCUGCCGGUUGCUCUCCUUGUUUCUCUGGCCGGGUUAAUGCCAGUUUAGACUUUGUGUUCCGACAAGUCCAGAAUUGUUGUGCAGUAGUUGAACAAACCACAACAAAGGCUCCUACAACAACAAGAGCCCCAUCAACAAAACAACCAACACCACCUUCAACAACUAGAGAUAUUCCAUCGACUACCAGAAAACCAUCAACCAUAACAACAACACCAUCUACACCCGCUACAACAACGAGCCCAGACUGUAAAAUAUCAGAAGCCAGUCGCUGUUUAGUUGAUAUCAGUCAGAGAAUAAUUGCUGAGAUAAUCUUACCCGGAAACCAGAGUGCCAUUUGUAGUGAGGUUUCUACAACGAUCAGAUGUGUCCAUGAAUCUGUUGCCUCAUGUCAUCCUAACUGGUGGGCCAGAUUCAACAUGACAUUAGAGGCGACAAUUUCACAAAUCAAGGGGACGUGUGAAUCACCAACUCCAGCACCAACUGUACCCCCAUGCUCCACAGAACCACCAAGUUGUGGAGUUGAUACAAGUGUCAGAUGUGUAGUGGAAUUCAAUGAGAGAAUACUGAAUGUUGUUGGAGGUCCUGAUGGAGAUCUUGAUGCAGUUUGCAGAGAGCGAGAAACCGCUAUGAGAUGUGCCCUGGAUGCCUCUGCAGGUUGCUCUCCUUGUUUCUCUGGCCGGGUUAAUGCCAGUUUAGACUUCGUGUUCCGACAAGUCCAGAAUUGUUGUGCAGUAGUUGAACAAACCACAACGAAGGCUCCUAUAACAACAAGAGCCCCAUCAACAACACAACCAACACCACCUUCAACAACUAGAGAUAUUCCAUCGACUACCAGAAAACCGACAACCAGAAUAACAACACCAUCUACACCCGCUACAACAACGAGCCCAGACUGUAAAAUAUCAGAAGCAAGUCGCUGUUUAGUUGAUAUCAGUCAGAGAAUAAUUGCUGAGAUAAUCUUGCCUGGAAACCAGAGUGCUAUUUGUAGUGAGGUUUCUACAACGAUCAGAUGUGUCCAUGAAUCUGUUGCCUCAUGUCAUCCUAACUGGUGGGCCAGAUUCAACAUGACAUUAGAGGCGACCAUUUCACAAAUCAAAGGGACGUGUGAAUCACCAACCCCAGCCCCAACUGUUCCCCCAUGCCCCACAGAACCACCAAGUUGUGGAGUGGAUGCAAGUGUCAGAUGUGUAGUGGAAUUCAAUGAGAGAAUACUGAAUGUUGUUGGAGGUCCUGAUGGAGAUCUUGAUGCAGUUUGCAGAGAGCGAGAAACAGCUAUGAGAUGUGCCAUGGAUGCUUCUGCCAGUUGCACUCCUUGUUUCUCUGGACGGGUUAAUGCCAGUUUAGACUUUGUGUUCAGACAAGUUCAGAAUUGUUGUGCAGUAGUUGAACAAACAACAACAAAGGCUCCCACAACAACAAGAAUCCCUUCAACUACAACACAACCAAGACCACCUUCAACAACUAGAGAUAUUUCAUCAACUACCGAUGAAGAAUCUACCACAAAAGAUGUUGCAUCAACUACAAGAGAUCCGUCUUCCUCUGCAACAACAAGAGUCCCUUCAAGUACAACACAACAGACAACCACAAUAACAACACCAAGCACCCUCGCUACAACAACGAGCCCAGAUUGUAAAAUAUCAGAAGCUAGUCGCUGUUUAGUUGAUAUCAGUCAGAGAAUUAUUGCUGAGAUAAUCUUACCUGGAAACCAGAGUGCCAUUUGUAGCGAGGUGUCAACAACGAUUAGAUGUGUCCAUGAAUCUGUUGCAUCGUGUCAUCCUAACUGGUGGGCCAGAUUCAACAUGACAUUAGAGGCGACCAUUUCACAAAUAAAAGGAACAUGUGAAUCACCAACCCCCGCACCAACUGUACCUCCAUGUCCAACAGAACCACCAAGUUGUGGAGUAGAUGCAAGUGUCAGAUGUGUAGUGGAAUUCAAUGAGAGAAUACUGAAUGUUGUUGGAGGUCCUGAUGGAGAUCUUGAUGCAGUUUGCAGGGAAAGGGAGACAGCUAUGAGGUGUGCCCUGGAUGCCUCUGCCAGUUGCUCCCCUUGUUUCUCUGCCCGUAUUAAUGCUAGUUUGGACUUCGUGUUCAGACAAGUUCAGAAUUGUUGUGCAGUAGUUGAACAGACCACAACAAAAGCUCCUACGACAACAAGAGCCCCAUCAACAAAACAACCAACACCACCUUCAACAACUAGAGAUAUUUCAUCAACUACUAGAGAUCCGUCAACCACAAUAACAACACAAUCUACUCCCGCUACAACAACGAGCCCAGAUUGUAAAAUAUCAGAAGCCAGUCGCUGUUUAGUUGACAUAAGCCAGAAAAUAAUUGCCGAGAUAAUUUUACCUGGAAACCAGAGUGCCAUUUGUAGUGAGGUUUCUACAACAAUAAGGUGUGUCCAUGAAUCGGUUGCAUCGUGUCAUCCUAACUGGUGGGCAAGAUUCAACAUGACAUUAGAAGCGACCAUUUCACAAAUCAAAGGGACGUGUGAAUCACCAACCCCAGCGCCAACUGUACCUCCAUGCCCCACAGAACCACCAAGUUGUGGAGUUGAUGCAAGUGUCAGAUGUGUAGUGGAAUUCAAUGAGAGAAUACUGAAUGUUGUUGGAGGGCCUGAUGGACAACUAGAAGCAGUUUGCAGAGAACGAGAGACAGCUAUGAGGUGUGCCCUGGAUGCCUCUGCCGGUUGCUCCCCUUGUUUCUCUGGCCGGGUUAAUGCAAGUUUGGACUUCGUGUUCAGACAAGUUCAGAACUGUUGUGCAGUAGUUGAACAGACCACCACCCAGGCUCCUACAACAACAAGACCCCCUUCAACCACACAGCCGACACCACCUUCAACCACAAGAGAUGGUCAAUCAACUACUAGAGAUCCGACAACCACAAUAACAACACCAUCUACUCCCGCUACAACAACGAGCCCAGACUGUAAAAUAUCAGAAGCCAGUCGCUGUUUAGUUGACAUCAGUCAGAGAAUAAUUACUGAGAUAAUAUUGCCUGGAAACCAGAGUGCCAUUUGUAGCGAGGUUUCUACAACAAUAAGGUGUGUCCAUGAAUCGGUUGCAUCGUGUCAUCCUAACUGGUGGGCAAGAUUCAACAUGACAUUAGAGGCGACCAUUUCACAAAUCAAAGGGACGUGUGAAUCACCCACCCCCGCACCAACAGUACCCCCAUGCCCCACAGAACCACCAAGUUGUGGAGUGGAUGCAAGUAUCAGAUGUGUAGUGGAAUUCAAUGAGAGAAUACUGAAUGUUGUUGGAGGGCCUGAUGGAGAACUAGAAGCAGUUUGCAGAGAACGAGAGACAGCUAUGAGGUGUGCCCUGGAUGCCUCUGCCAGUUGCUCCCCUUGUUUCUCUGGCCGGAUUAAUGCCAGUUUAGACUUCGUAUUCAGACAAGUCCAGAACUGUUGUGCAGUAGUUGAACAGACAACCACAAAGGCUCCUUCAACAACAAGGGCCCCAUUAACUACUACACAACCUAAGCCACCUUCAACUACAAGAGAUGUUCAAUCAACUACUAGAGAUCCCACAACAACAAUAACAACACCAUCUACUCCUGCUACAACAACGAGCCCAGACUGUAAAAUAUCAGAAGCCAGUCGCUGUUUAAUUGAUAUCAGUCAGAGAAUAAUUGCUGAGAUAAUCUUACCUGGAAACCAGAGUGCCAUUUGUAGUGAGGUUUCCACAACGAUCAGAUGUGUCCAUGAAUCGGUUGCAUCGUGUCAUCCUAACUGGUGGGCAAGAUUCAACAUGACAUUAGAGGCGACCAUUUCACAAAUCAAAGGGACGUGUGAAUCACCAACCCCCGCACCAACAGUACCCCCAUGCCCCACAGAACCACCAAGUUGUGGAGUGGAUGCAAGUAUCAGAUGUGUAGUGGAAUUCAAUGAGAGAAUACUGAAUGUUGUUGGAGGGCCUGAUGGAGAACUGGAAGCAGUCUGCAGAGAGCGGGAGACCGCUAUGCGAUGUGCCCUGGAUGCAUCUGCUGGUUGCUCUCCUUGUUUCUCUGGCCGGGUUAAUGCCAGUUUAGACUUCGUGUUCAGACAAGUCCAGAAUUGUUGUGCAGUAGUUGAAAAGACCACCACAAAGGCUCCUACCACAUCAAGAGCCCCGUCAACUACUACACAAGCAACACCACCUUUAACCACUAGAGAUACUCAAUCAACAACCAGAGGACCAACAACCACAAUAACAACACCAUCAACUCCUGCUACAACUACAAGCCCAGCCUGUAAAAUAUCAGAAGCCAGUCGCUGUUUAGUUGAUAUCAGUCAGAGAAUAAUUGCUGAGAUAAUCUUACCUGGAAAUCAGAGUGCCAUUUGUAGUGAGGUUUCUACAACAAUAAGGUGUGUCCAUGAAUCUGUUGCAUCGUGUCAUCCUAACUGGUGGGCAAGAUUCAACAUGACAUUAGAAGCUACUAUUUCACAAAUCAAAGGGACGUGUGAAUCACCAACCCCAGCACCAACUGUACCGUCGUGUCCAACAGAACCACCAAGUUGUGGAGUGGAUGCAAGUGUCAGAUGUGUAGUGGAAUUCAAUGAGAGAAUACUGAAUGUUAUCGGGGGUCCUGAUGGAGAACUGGAAGCAGUUUGCAGAGAGCGAGAGACAGCUAUGCGAUGUGCACUAGAUGCCUCUGCCAGUUGCUCCCCAUGUUUCUCUGGCCGGGUAAAUGCCAGUUUAGACUUCGUGUUCAGACAAGUCCAAAACUGUUGUGCAGUAGUUGAACAGACCACCACAAAGGCUCCUACAACAACAAGAGCCCCUUCAACCACACAGCCGACACCACCUUCAACCACAAGAGAUGUUCAAUCAACUACUAGAGAUCCGACAACCACUAUAACAACACCAUCUACUCCCGCUACAACAACGAGCCCAGACUGUAAAAUAUCAGAAGCCAGUCGCUGUUUAGUUGACAUCAGUCAGAGAAUAAUUGCUGAGAUAAUAUUGCCUGGAAACCAAAGUGCCAUUUGUAGUGAGGUUUCUACAACAAUAAGAUGUGUCCAUGAAUCUGUUGCCUCGUGUCAUCCUAACUGGUGGGCCAGAUUCAACAUGACAUUAGAGGCGACCAUUUCACAAAUCAAAGGGACGUGUGAAUCACCAACCCCAGCCCCAACUGUACCCCCAUGCCCCACAGAACCACCAAGUUGUGGAGUGGAUGCAAGUGUCAGAUGUGUAGUGGAAUUCAAUGAGAGAAUACUAAAUGUUAUCGGGGGUCCUGAUGGAGAUCUGGAAGCAGUUUGCAGAGAGCGAGAGACAGCUAUGAGAUGUGCACUAGAUGCCUCUGCCAGUUGCUCCCCAUGUUUCUCAGGCCGGGUAAAUGCCAGUUUAGACUUUGUGUUCAGACAAGUCCAGAACUGUUGUGCAGUAGUUGAACAGACCACCACAAUGGCUCCUACAACAACAAGAACCCCAUUAACUACUACACAACCUAAACCACCUUCAACCACAAGAGAUGUUCAAUCAACUACUAGAGAUCCGACAACCACAAUAACAACACCAUCUACUCCAGCAACAACAACAAGCCCAGAUUGUAAAAUAUCAGAAGCUAGUCGCUGUUUAGUUGACAUCAGCCAGAAAAUAAUUGCCGAGAUAAUUUUACCUGGAAACCAGAGUGCCAUUUGUAGCGAGAUUUCUACAACGAUCAGGUGUGUCCAUGAAUCUGUUGCCUCUUGUCAUCCUAACUGGUGGGCAAGAUUCAACAUGACAUUAGAGGCGACCAUUUCACAAAUCAAAGGGACGUGUGAAUCACCAACCCCAGCACCAACUGUACCUCCAUGUCCAACAGAACCACCAAGUUGUGGAGUGGAUGCAAGUGUAAGAUGUGUAGUGGAAUUCAAUGAGCGAAUCAUCAAUGUCAUUGGAGGACCAGAUGAGAAUCUAAUCGCCGUUUGCAGGGAGCGUGAGACAGCAAUGAAAUGCGCCAUGGAUGCCUCUGCUAGUUGUUCUCCGUGUUUCUGUGGCCGGGUGAACGCUAGUUUAGACUUCGUGUUCAGGCAAGUUCAGAACUGUUGUGCAGUUGUGGAACCUGAACCAACAACAACGGUCUUGCCCCCAGCGACAACAACAAAGAAACCAACCUCAACAGAAGUACCAACUACAACAUUAGCACCCACGACCACACCAACUAUACCAACAACACCGGCUGAAAAUUGUAAAGUCAGUGUAGCAAGUCGAUGCCUUGUUGACAUUAGCCAAAAAAUAAUUGGAGAAAUAAUCUACAGAAAUAGCAGCAACAUAUGCAGUGAAAGGGAAACUACAAUAACAUGCGUUCAAGAAGCAGUUGUAGGAUGCCAUCCUAACUGGAUAGCAAGGUUCAACAUGACACUCAGUGCCACACUAAGAGAAAUAGAUGGUACUUGUGAAUCAACUACCCCUGCACCGAUUGAUGUCCCUUGUCCAACUGAACCUCCAACUUGUGGAGUGGAUGCUGGAUUAAGGUGUGUUCUUGAGUUCAACCAAAGAAUACUUGAGAGAGUUGGAGGUCCAGAUGAAAACCUAAGAGAAGUUUGUUUGGAGAGAGAAACUGCUCUCAGAUGUGUAGCUGAUGCGUCAGUUGACUGCAGCACAUGCUUUGGUGGGCGCCUGAAUGCAAGUUUGGAGUUUGUAUUCAGAACUGUGCAACAGUGUUGCGAGGCUGUAGAGGAACCUAGUACCACUGCUCCAACGACAACAUUGGCACCAACAACAAGGCCAUUAGUUUGUGAAACCGGACGGGUUCAAGAAUGCAUCCAAGAAUUAAAUGAUCACAUCCUUGUAUGGAUCACAUUGCCCGAACAAGUUCCUAUUGAGGAACUAUGUGCCACGGCAAACAAUUCCAUUCUUUGCUAUUACAACUACACCGUGGAUUGUUCCGAAGAUGACAAGUUUCUGUUGAGAACAAUACUGGAGGUCCAACUAAGACGAUUGAAUGGUUCCUGUGGAUGUCUGGUGGAUGGAGACUGCCCGACAACCAAUCCUCCAAUAGGAAUAACAACAACAAAAUUGGAGACUUCAACUAGUCAAGGUACAACACCUAAGUCACCAAGUACAACACCCAAACCUCCAAGUACAACACCUAAGUCACCAAGUACAACACCCAAACCACCAAGUUCAACACCCAAACCGCCAAGUACAACACCCAAACCAUUAAGUACAACAACAGUACCAACAGCUCCUCCAACAACAAGGAUAUGUAGGGAAUCUGCAGUACUGACAUGUAUCGCUGAUCUUAACGCUGAGAUAUUAGCAUGGAUAGCGUUCCCUGAGAAUGGCAAUGCUGCAGUGUGUGGGCAAGCUAAUGUGACAAUCGAGUGUUACUUUGAAAAUACGGUGGAUUGUAAUGAAGAAGAGAGGGAAUCUCUUAGAGAACUGUUGAUUCUUCAAAUAAACAGACUGGAUGGAACAUGCGGAUGUCUCAUUGAACCCUGUCCAACAACUACGGAAGCUCCUUCUACCACAACAAUUGCAACAACUACCUCAACGACACAACCUCCAACCACAACAACCCUCGCUCCAACAUGCCGUGCAGAAUCAGCAGCACUUUGCAUGUCCAACUACAUUGAGGAAGUUGUUAAUGCCACUGGAAGUGGUGACUUUACUGGUGUAUGCGGUAAGAUUACAGAAGUAAGGGUCUGUUUGGAGACGAGCCUGGUACAAUGUCCGCCUGAUUUGGUGUUCAGAUACAAUCUUACAUUUGAGGCAACUAUGAACAGACUGACCUGCGAGGGAGUGACAGCACCACCGCCAACUGCAACACCCGCCCCAACUGAAAGCCCAGAGUGCAGAGUUGAUACUGCACUUAGUUGUGUACUAGACUUCUCAAGGAGAUACUUCAACAGACUGGUAGAUGGCAAUAUCACUCAAGUCUGCAAUGAGCAGAAAGCAACAAUUGAAUGCGCUCUUGGGGCGACAACAGAAUGUACUGGGGGUACCCAGGACAAGGUGAAUGCCAGUUUGGGUUUUGUUGUAGAUAUCAUAUCUACAUGUUGUGAGACACUCGUCACAACUACACCAGCUCCUACAACUACACCUACCACCACGCCAACUGUGCCCACAACAGUUCCACCAAACUGCAAGGUCCUUGAGGCAUUGAGCUGCGUGUCUAAUCACAACCAAAUAAUUCUGUCUGAGAUUCUCAAGAAGGAAGAUGGAAAUUGGACAUAUGUGUGUGGUGUUCUCACAACAGACACAUUAAAAUGUGUUGAGGAAAAUACGGCUGAGUGUCCAGAUUUCAUUGUUGAAAGAGUGAAUUCAACUUUAGAUUACAACUUUGAAUUAAUAGGAAAUAGAUGUGACCCCACAACUCCUGCACCACCAACUACAAGUACAACCACGACCACACUGGCUCCAACUACACCAACCACUCUGGCACCAGAUUGCAAGGUAGACGUUGCCAGUAGAUGCCUGGUAGAUAUAAGUCAACGAAUCAUCGCAGAAAUAAUCUCACCAGAGAAUCAAACAGCAGUAUGUGGUAUGAGGGAGACCACUGUUAAAUGUGUCAUGGAUGCAGUGGUUGGUUGUCACCCCGACUGGCAAGCAAGGUUUAAUUUAACUCUGGAGGCAACAUUGGUGCAGAUUGAAGAUUGUGAAUCACCAACCCCUCCACCAACACAGCCACCUUGUCCCACCCAACCACCAACAUGUAACACUACAGCUGGCAUUAGCUGUGUGCUUGAGUUCAAUAAUAGGAUCAUUAAUGUAAUUGGAGGACCAGAUGAAAAUCUUAGACAAGUUUGCAGUGAACGUGAAACCGCAAUGAAAUGUGUGAUGGAAACAUCGGUUGAUUGUGGAGACUGCUUCUGUGGACGUCUGAAUACCAGCUUGGACUUUGUUUUCCGUCAAGUACAGCGUUGUUGUGAGACAGUAGAAGUAACAACCACAAAAGCACCUACUACCACCUCCACACAAACUCCAACAACAACUGAAGCCUCAACAACAAAAGCCCCUACAACAAAAGUCCCAACAACAACUGUAACCCAAACAACAAAAGCCACAACUACACAGGCUCCAACUACUACCCCAACAACACCUUCUCCUACUACAACAACAACUACUAGGGUUCCUACCACCACUGCUUCACAGUGUAGAUACGCUGAGGCAAUUGCAUGUGUUGACUACCUGAAGGGUAUUAUUGAGAAUGGAUCAGACAAGGAAACAAUCUGCGGAACAAUAGAAGCAACACGGGAAUGUAUUACCAACAAGACAUUUGCCUGUGAUCAAAACUUGAUAGAUCAGGCAUGGGAUUAUUUCAAUUCUGUUGUUACAUUGGAAGUCAGGCAACAAUGCUAUGUGAAGAUAAACUGUACGGAUAUCAUAGAGAUUAUUGAAGGAGGUGGUCCUAAAUACCUGGGAGUGGAUAUUAGAACAUCUCCAACACAGAUAUGCAGAGACAAUGACCUAGACGAUGACUGUGGCGUCUCUAUUACAUUUGACCUGGAGUUAGGAGUACAACCAGCGUGCCGUAAGAAGCACAAGAAGAACAAGAGGACCACCAUCAUAUCCCAGGCAGUGUUUGGAGAUCACACAUAUGCAGAGGAUGACACAACAUGCGGCAUAAAUGUACAAGACUCAACGUGGCAACAACAUAACAGAAUUCCAAUUUAUGCAAAACUAGACAAUAGACGUGAUGGUCAUCGGAUAAGGGAACUGACAAUUGGAAUGAGUAUUGUGCAAGACACUAGAGAAUCAGAGUACAUUGAUCUAGAGACGUGCGAAAUAAACAUAAGAGACAGGUGGGAAAGACAGUGUAAAUCAGUGAAUGAUCCUCAUUUGUUCACAUUUGAUAGCUGGAAUUAUGAAAAUCACUUCGAAGGACAUUUUGUUUUGUACAAACACAAGACCCAACCAUUUGAAGUACAGGUGAUAUAUCAACGAUGCUACCAGGCCCAUGCUACAUGUAACUGUGGGGCAGCUGUUAAAGCUGGAGACUCUGUAUUUGUAGUUGAUAGAUGUGAACGCAAUAUGCUGGAUCAACCCAUAUUUGGACGUGCACAAGGAAGAUGGCACAAUCCCCCAAUGAAGACAUUUGCAUAUGUCUGGGACGAUGAAUUCACUCCUGGAGUUAGCAUCCUCAGUAAGAGUGGAGGAAAGAAAUAUAUUGUAUACCUGCCAACUGGUACAAAGAUCACAAUUGAACAGUCAUAUGGCCACUUCAUAAAUGUUUAUGUAACUGGUGGAGCUGGGGAUUAUGACAAUACAGUUGGCCUGUGUGGUACAUUUGAUCGUAACAAUUCAAAUGAACUUACCAUGCGUAAUGGUACAGUAUAUACUGGGGAGGGACAGCAGAAGAAAGGUUCACCGAAAGGAUUUUUACAUAGCUGGAGAGUACCUGAAGCCGAGAGGAUAUUUGGAGGUGUGGCCAAGACAGGCUGGCGUCCACCAAUGGUGUGUGAGUGCCAUGAACUGGAGGAUAACAACCCUUGUGGAUAUGACUACCUCAAUGAGCACUGCGACCAGAUAGAGAGAGGUACAAAAGACAUCACUGACAGACUACCCAUUGUGAACAUGGAAGACUUCCAGGGCGACGACGUAGAGCAAGUGCCAGAGCAGAUGCCUGUGAUGAUGAGGAUGCGGGUACGGAGACAAGCAGUGGAUUAUAACUCCACAGACUGGGAGGGACCAAUCAACAUUGAUGAGACAUACGACCCAGAGAACUCAACAUGGGGACCAGAAUGGGAUGAGCAAGAGGCCCAAGUAUUCUGUGAGAAGUACCUAACUGAGGAGUCUGAGUCCGGCAAGAAGUGUUACGAAUUAAUAGAGAAUGUGCAGUUAGCCAAUGACCUUGCUGGAUGUAUUUCAGAUAUCAAGUACAUAGACAAUACUACAUGGGCAGGGGCAGCCCUGGAGGCCCUGAAGGAUCAAUGUAGAGAGGAGCUGAACCAGAAUAUGACAUAUGCUAUUGUAUAUAACUAUAUAUCAUCAUUUCAGUACAUAGACAAUACUACAUGGGCAGGAGCAGCCCUGGAGGCCCUGAAAGAUCAAUGUAGAGAGGAGCUGAACCAGAAUAUGGCCUAUGCUAUUGUAUAUAACUAUAUAUCGUCAUUUCAGUACAUAGACAAUACUACGUGGGCAGGAGCAGCCCUGGAGGCCCUGAAAGAUCAAUGUAGAGAGGAGCUGAACCAGAAUAUGACAUAUGCUAUUGUAUAUAACUAUAUAUUAUCAUUUCAGUACAUAGACAAUACUACAUGGGCAGGAGCAGCCCUGGAGGCCCUGAAAGAUCAUUGUAGAGAGGAGCUGAACCAAAAUAUGACCUAUGCUAUUGUUUAUAACUAUUACAUAGACAAUACUACAUGGGCAGGAGCAGCCCUGGAGGCCCUGAAAGAUCAAUGUAGAGAGGAGUUGAACCAGAAUAUGACAUAUGCUAAUGGCACUGGUGCAGACCUCAAAGAUGACAUAUUUGACACAAUGUGUAUCAGUGAAUGUAAUGGAAAUGGUGUCUGCUCAAAUGGAACCUGUACAUGUGAAGACCCCUGGGGUGGAGAGGAUUGUUCUGUUGACACAGAGCUGCCCCCAGUUCUUCAAUAUCUCCAUUUCUUUGGGAGCUGUGACUUGAGGUCUCUUAGAAACCAGAACUGUAACUCUACGAUGGUGUAUGGUGACAACUUCCUGGAAGAUGGAGAGCUUACUUGUCACAUGGAAGUUGUCGAGGUGAAUUCCACGGGAAUGCACUCCACGGGUGACACAUACACCAUAGCUGCAGGGUUCGUAUCUCAGACACAAAUAGAAUGUUACGCCAGAGAAAGCAACACCAAGUACCUCAUUGGUGUGUCUAAUGAUGGUGAACGGUAUGACGGGAGAUUGUUGUUCAAUGUCCACGACUCUGCAUGUCACGAAUGCAAUACAUUUGAGCAGAACCCAACCUGUCUCAGAAAGCCCAACAACUGUAUUAUCAAUGGUGUGUGCUAUGCAAGUCAGGAGAAUCACCCUGGAGAUAACUGCCUCUAUUGUAACCCUAGCAACAGUUCAGAGGACUGGAGUUAUAGAACUACGGAUGGUUGUCCAUCCCCAAUAGUCGAUCGACCUCCUAGUGGGCCCUCCCAAGCAGCCCUUAUUGUUAUCAUAGUGGCCUCUGUCAUCAUUGGGCUGCUCAUCAUUGCUGCCCUUGUCUACAGGUUCUGCUUCAGGAAGCGAAGCACAAAUCACUGGGGGGCUAACUACAUCGUAAACGAGGGCGAGCCUCAGAAAACAGAAGGAUUCGGUGUUUCUAACAAGAUAUAUGGAAUGUCCAUGUACCGAGACAAGAAGAAUUUCAACACAUUUGAAGGAGAACACCUAAGCGCCAGUGGGAGCUAUCGUAGUUCAUCAAGCAGUCACUCAAACGAUGCCUUUGAUGGAGAAUCCAGUCAACGUCAACUCGUAACACCCUCGAGACCUGGGAUCAGUGACGGCACUUAUGCCAUACAGUCAACAAGCACUACUGUCAGAAGUGUGUCUGUGACUGAUGCAAAGGAAACACCUAUUGUCCAAGAUCUUAUUGACUUGUCACAGCCAGACCAGACAAAGAUUAUAACUAAGCUGUAAUUGCAAAAUCCAAAUCAAGCAAAUUCCUGAAUUCGAAAGAUAUAUACAGUAUAAUUAUAUAUACAAGGACAUUGGACAGUCAAGGGCAGGAUCACAGAUAUAGGGGUGACGCAAUUGCAAGCAGUACAUGUAUAAUUGACCUCAUG